AUGAGUAAGGCAAAAUCAAGAUAUUCAACAGAAGAGCAAGCCGCUGUUUAAUCCAAAGUUGUAAUUUAAGAAUUUAAGUACAUUAGCAAUCCAUUUAAUUGCCAAGUAUUAAAUAAGAAUAAGUUAAUUCUGUAUCAGUUAUUGCUUUAAGUGAAUUAUAUUAGAUUAAAAGUCAUAUAUAGGGUGAGAAACAAACCAAAAAAGUAAUAUAAAAUAUAUUAAUAGACACUUGAUAAUCAAAGACUUUGGGCGUAACGAAUAACUAAGUAAAGAUAAUAAAAAGAGGCUGAAAAAUUAGAGAGAUUUACAAAAGAGGAGGAAGAAAGAAGAAAGGUUGAUAAAGAAGAGGAAGAAUAUUAAGAGAGACUUAAAAAUGAGCUUGUAAAGGAAUCAAAUUAAAAAAUAUUUGAUCAAAGAGGAGAGUAUAAUAAAAUUUAUAAAAUUAUAGUGUUCGUAAUUUGAAAGCUUAAAUGAUGUUAAGUGAAGUUGAGAGGAUCAAUGAAUAAUUAAAUGCAAUUAAUAAAGAAUAAAAAGAACUUAAAAAAAUACAUGAAGAGGAAAAAGAAAAAGAAUAUGAAAUGCAGGAAUAUUAUAAAGAAUAAGAAUUAAUGAUUAGAAAAGAGAAAUAAUUAAAGAAGAAGAAAGAAUGCAAUGAAAUUUUAGCUGAUUAACAUAAAUAAGUCAAGGAGAGAUAUUUGAAGGAAAUGAUGUUAGAUAAAUAAGAAGGUUAAUUAAUUAAGAAAAAAGCAGAGGAAGAUGAAAUACUUAGAGAGUAAUCAAUUAUAAUAAUUUAGAUAAUAAAAAUAAGAGAUCAAAAAUAAGUAAUAGAAAUUACUCAAAGAACAUGAAGAAUUUAUGGAUAAGAGAAGAGAAUUAUAAGAACAUGAGAAAAGUAUAUUGGAGGAAGAGGAUAAGAAAAUAAUUGAGCAUGAAUAUCAUAAAGAAAAAGUAUUAUAGAUGAGAAAAGAUAGAGUAUAAAAUCAAUUUUAUAGUAUUUAGGAAAACUAGAAAUAAUAGAAAAAAGAAUAACUUAGAAAGUAAAUUUAUGAUUUGAGAGUGGAACAAUAAAAAUAAUAAGAAGAUAAUUAUAUGUAAACCAUUCAAAAACAUGCUGAAGAACUAAAAUAAAAAUAAGAGGAAGAACUUAAAUAGAAAGAAUUAGAAAAAGCUUAAAUGGUUUAAGAUGCAGAAACUAUGAGAUUGAAAUAGCUAUAAAUUUAAUAAUAAAAGAAGACUAAUUAAUAAGCCGAAUAGGAAGUAGAUUUUAAAUAAAAAUUAAAAGCAUUGGAAUAAUUAGAAUAAGUUGAAUAGCUAUAAAAUGAUGUAUUGAAAAAGAGGAAUAAAGAUUUAUAAGAAUAUUAGAAAAUAUAGAUAGUAAUAUUUAUAUUUAUACAAGGAAGCUAAAAAGUAGCAACGUAGAAAUUAAUAUAUGUAAGAGUUGAAAGAAUCCUUAUAAAUGCAAUAAAGAAAUCAAUCUGAAAAACAAGUCUACAAUUCUUGGGCUUAACAAUGUAUAGAAGAAUGGAAAGACAAUGGCAAAAAUAUAUUACCUAUGGUGAAAGCACUCUAUUAAACUGAAUGA